UUUAAAGCUAAAAUGUAUUAUUUCGCUCAAUUCAAAGUUAAACGUAAAAGAAUAAUAUCGAAAUUAUUGUGCCCGAGUUUCAAAUAAAUUAGACGCAACUUAACGUGCAAUUAAGUAAAUUGGAGUAUGCUUCGUACACAUUGGAGGCAGAAUAUAAUCGAUCUACGCUCGUGUGCUGAAGAUCUAGAGUAAUUUAUUGUGAGUGAUGGUUUCUCUCUCUAAGUUUCUCUCGGGGUCAUCAGGGAUGACCUGCGUGUUUCUUAUCUCGAUGGCAGUGCAUUCAAUUAAAUGUAGGGAAGAAGACAUACACUCGUGGCUUAUAGAAAUAGCGGCAACUUUACUCAUUAUCACAGCAGCGCAAUUUCAUCGAUUUCCUAUUGUCCGUGUUCGAUUUUCAAUCAAAUUUUAUCGUCGUUCAAGGAGACUUUGUGAUCGACAUAAUAUCCUACUGGUCAAAACGACACUGCGGACUACGAUUUGGCAGUUUCUCGGAUCUAAACAACGAGAACCAUGAGGCUGCUCGUUUUCCUCACGCUCUUGUACUGUUUCUGCAUCGAUGUUGGUCACACCAGGGAGAUCACCCAUGAAGAUAUUAAGGACGCUAUGCUGAGCUUGGUGCACAUGAUGCGGGAGAACACGGAGAAGUUGGAGAGGCAUGAGGCGAGGGAGCGGCAGCUCGGUGAGCAACUGAAAAAGACCAUAAAUGUCCUGACCAAACGUGUGUUUGCUGUGGAUGGUCUGAAGCUACAGUUGACCAAACUGGAUGAGAGGAUCGCCGGGAUAGAGAACUUGAUUGCACAGAGGGACGAGAGGGAGCGCAUACAGAUGCAAAAGACCGCCGACAGUUUAGAGGACCUGGAGAACCGUCUGGAGGGCUGGCUUACGGACAUCGAGAACAAGGUGGCGGAGGUGAACAGUCGCCCGGAAGCCACUCCAGCUCAAGACAACGGUCUCACUGACCUCCUCGGUAAGCUGAACAGUACAGAGACCAAUUUGAUGGGAGAGAUCGCGAGGCUCAAGGAUGACAUGCACAACAACGCGGCGAGGAUGAAAGAGAAAGAGUCAGGUUCGCUGAUGGACAAGACUCACGUAAUCCACUCGGAGGUGCAGGAUGUAGCCGCGAGGAUCGGGGACAUUGAAAUCUCCCUGGAGAAAAUAAAGCAGAUGACCCAGAGCGUUCAGGACAGAUCGCAGUGGACGGAUCUGGCACCGUCCUUCGAUGAGCACAUCAGGACGCUGGUGCGGGUGCAGGAACUGGUGGAAGACACUUCUGACAAGCUACGGGAAUUACCCAAGGUGAAAGAAAUGCAGACGAUGCACAACGAGACGCAGACCAUGCUGCAGGAGACUAAGCACGCGUUGAAGGAUAUUCUCACACGCAACAUGGACGAUACGGAGAACAAGAUAGCAGAGGCUAACAUGGAAACCAAAGACUCGGUGACGGCAUUACGGAUGGACCUGGCUAACAAUGCGGAACGCGUUAAACAAGGACUGCAGAAUCUGGAGAAGGGUCAGUCCGUGAUGGUUUCCAUGGCCGAUCAUGUGCUGGAUACGAAGAAACGGGUGGAAUACGGCGUGCAUCAGAUUCUGCUGGAAGUAGGGGAUCUAGUGAGGGCCCAAAGCAACAACAUCAACAGCACUCUGAAUCAGAGAUUUGACGGGAUCUCGAACGACAUUAUGGAUAAUCAGAACGGUGCCCUGGCGAACCUCACCACCAAGAUGGAACAGGAGAUGAAUAAAGUCUGGAGACAGAUCAACGUCAUGUACCAGCAGAUGACAGAAAGCGCUCGAGCUCUGGACAAGCUGCACCAACAGAAUGAAGCCUACGUUAAUGGUACGACGUCCACCAUGGGUGGAAUGGAGAGCAAGGUUGGCGAGAUAACAAAACGCAUGGUGGAGGUGGAUGACAACUUGAACUAUCUGCUCGGUCGUCUCUCCCUGGUGACGCAGGAAUUCAAUCAGAUCAAAAUAGGCCUGGGAACUGCAUUGGACAAUAUUAAAGCCUCGUUUAAAGUGGUGCAGGAGAAGGCGCUGGACUUGCCGCAUCCGGGUCCCCAUCCGCUUCCGGAGGAUUAUAAGGACCCGACCGAGUCCGAGACCAAGAAACCAGAUGUUGUGACCGUAAAGUAAGCCAUGUCUUGCUCUCAGAUCAGACGGCUGGCUCGAGCUAGUCUCGCAGUUGGCGGGCAAGGUAGCCAUCUUCAUUCUUAGCGAUUUAACAUCCGACAUCACCAGGCAUCAUCAUCACCAUCAUCAUCAUCAUCAUUAUGCAGUGUCGGGGAUGGCAAGCAUUGCGUCAGUGUCUCUCCGAAUAUAUAUAAUCUUCUUAAUAUUUUUUUAUACUCAUAUUGAUCUAAAAUUGUGGGGAAAACCCGAUGAGCCAAUUAUGUAAUGAUUAAUACUCAACAAAAUAUAAUGUUAUUACGUACGUACGUA